AUGGUUGGCCUUCCGGCCAGAGGCAAAAGUCUCAUAGCUGGAAAGGCAAUGCGGUAUCUUGCAUGGGUUGGUAUUCCUGCUCGUGUAUUCAAUGUGGGUAGCUAUCGCCGAAACAAUACACCCCAGCCCAAUGCUACCUUCUUUGACCCUCACAACUCCGAGGGGGAGAAGAUGAGAAAGGCCGCGGCAGAAGCUGCAAUGUCGGAUAUGCUUCAAUGGUUCAGCUCCGGACAGGGGAUUGUAGCAAUAUUGGAUGCUACCAACUCGACUAAAUCUCGGCGAAGUUGGAUUUACGAAAGCUGCCAAGCGGCCAAUAUUGAAACAUUAUUUGUUGAGUCAAUAUGCGAUGAGGAAGACCUAAUAAUGAACAACAUCCUCGAAGUCAAAACUACGUCGCCAGACUACAAAGGGCAGGACCCUGAGGUUGCCGCUCUGGAUUUCCGCAAUCGGAUUCGCAAUUACGAGAAGGUGUACGAAACCAUCGACGAUAACGAGAAGCAUUUCACCUAUGUAAAACUUAUCAAUGUUGGGUCCACGGUGAUUAUAAACCAGAUCAAAGACUAUCUCUCCAGUCGGUUGGUUUACUAUAUUCAGAACCUUCACAUUAAACCCAGGUCAAUCUGGCUCUCUCGCCACGGAGAAUCAGAAUAUAAUCUUACAGGGAAGAUCGGCGGUGAUUCUAAUAUAUCGCACCGUGGCGAGGCUUAUGCUCGGGCACUUCCGGGUUUGUUGAAGAAGUCAGGGGUGCCUCCCAACACAAAAAUUGUGAUCUGGACAUCGACCCUAAAACGAACCAUUCAGACAGCUCGACACCUCCAUGCAGAAACUGGCUUCGAGAAGCUGGAAUGGAAAGCCCUCGACGAACUUGACUCGGGGGUGUGCGAUGGCCUGACAUAUGAAGAAAUUGCAGAAAAAUACCCAGAGGACUUCGCCGCUCGUGACGAAGACAAGUACAACUAUCGUUAUCGGGGCGGCGAGUCAUACCGCGACGUUGUGAUUCGUCUCGAGCCGAUUAUCAUGGAAUUGGAACGCAGUGAGAACGUCAUCAUUGUCACUCACCAGGCCGUCCUGCGAUGUAUCUAUGCCUAUUUCUUGAACACUCCUCAGGAGCAGAGCCCAUGGAUGGAGGUUCCCCUUCAUACCUUGAUCAAGCUUACUCCUCGCGCGUACGGCACCGAAGAACAGCGCUUCAAAGCCGACAUUCCAGCUGUGUCUACCUGGCCGUUCACAGCUCGGCCUCUCGUCGAGCUCAAGCCCCGAGACAGGUCUAGGAUUGAGUCGGUGCUCGCCUACGGCGACCGACUCCUUGUAGGACUGAACAAUGGGAGCUUACGAAUAUACAGGAUAAACGAGGUUGCCCCUGACGAACAAAACCACGAUGACAGCAACCACAGCAAUGACGAACAGGGCGGUGGAGGUACACUCAAAAACGGGGAUAGUGGCCAGCCUGGGACGACGGGGUCCGUCGUCAUCAAUUCAAAGGCGAAACAGACAGACUUGCUACGCGAGUUGGAGAAGUUCUCAAGAUACAAGGUUGAGCAGCUAGCUCUGAUCAAGGAAGCGAAGCUUCUAAUCUCGCUGUCGGGCGGAUACGUCUCUAUUCAUGACCUGCAGUCCUACGAAUUCCAAGAACAGCUGACCAAAACGAAAGGUGCCACUACCUUUAGCGUGACCUCGAAUAUUGUUAACGAUCCCGAGACUGGGGUUCCGUCCAUUGUAUCUCGUCUUGCGGUUGCGGUGAAGAGAAAGAUAUUGCUAUGGUCAUGGCGCGAUAUGGAGUUGGACACCGAUACCGCUGAGAUUACACUGGUUAGUGGGAUCAAGACACUUACGUGGGUUUCUGGGACAAAACUUGUGGCUGGACUGGGCUCGAAUUUCGUGAUGGUGGAUAUUGAGACUUCAGUGGUUACCGAAUUAGCCGGACCAGGAAGUAUCGGGGGUCUUGGGGGGCAGGAGACGGGUCGUCUGGCUGGCGUUGGAGUUGCUAGCAUGAGCUACAUUGGAAUUGGCGGUGCGGCUCCGAAGCCACUAGCGACACGACUUAGCGAAGGGCAAAUAUUGCUGGCGAAGGAUAUCAACACUCAUUUCAUCGACAUCAAUGGCAACUCUCUGGGACGGAGGCAGAUCCCAUGGAGCCAUGCUCCGGCGAACAUCGGAUACUCUUACCCGUUUUUGCUCGCACUCCACGACCCUUCAAAGGGUGUUUUGGAGGUUAGGAAUCCAGAGACGUUGUCAUUACUGCAGUCGGUGGCUCUACCAUCUGCAAAUAUCCUACACUUUCCACAGCCUAAUAUCAGUUUGGCGCAUGCCGGCAAAGGCUUCCUGGUUGGCAGUGACCGCACCAUAUGGCGAAUGGAGGCUUUGAGCUAUGAUACGCAAAUAGACACCCUCGUUGAAAAGGGCUAUUUGGAUGAAGCUAUUAGUCUUACUAGCAUGCUAGAAGAUGCGUUGCUCAGUGACAAACACAGUCGACUACGAAUGAUCAAGAUGGAAAAGGCCCAGGGGCUUUUUGCCUUGCGCAAAUAUCGGGACUCGACUGAUUUGUUCACUGAGAUCUCGGCUCCUCCCGAGACUGUUAUCCGACUGUACCCUAGAGUCAUUGCCGGUGAUCUUUCCUCCAUCGAUGAUGAAGAGGUAUCAGAGGACGGUACGACAGAUGGCCCGUCAAAACUGAACGAAGUUCAGUCCCACCUGGAUGGUACUAAUGCAGAUGAUGCUCCCGCCCCAAAGACACUCACCCAUGCUCCCUCGGUGAGGUCACUCCUUCGAACUCGCACGGAUGAUUGGAGUGAUUCCGGCAGUAUUCGCGGCAAACCUGCGGAAGAAUCCCGAAACGAGAAGCCGCUACAUGGAAAAGAUCUCUUGACUGCCGUACGCGAGCUACAAAAAUAUCUUGCCGAUGUCCGGAGGAGAUUCCAGCGGUUCUUGAACCCUGACGGCUCACUUAAGAUGAUCGAUUCACCCUCUGGCGCACCAAAUGAUGAGUUCACCGACUCAGUGAUGAAACUGUUGGAUAUCACCGGGGACAUUCGUGACCAUGAGUUCGCUGAAAAGCUGCGGGAGGAAGCCAGGCUCGUCGAUACGACCUUUUUCCGAGUUUGCAUGUACGCCACUCCUGCUCUUGCGGGCUCACUCUUCCGUAUUGCCAACUUCUGUGACCCAGAGGUCGUCAUGGAAAAGCUGGAAGAAACCGGCCGGUACAAUGACUUGAUUGAUUUCCUCUAUGGAAAGAAGAUGCAUCGCCAAGCAUUGGAGCUCUUACAACGAUUUGGUCAAGCCGAGUCUGAAACCGAAACGGCUCCGCAACUCCAUGGGCCCAAGAGAACUGUUGCCUAUCUGCAGAACUUGGCCCCCGAUCGAAUUGAUCUCAUCCUUGAAUUUGCUGAAUGGCCCAUACGAGAAGACCCUGAUCUGGGUAUGGAAAUCUUCUUAGCAGACACUGAAAAUGCGGAAACAUUACCCCGGCACCGAGUUCUCGAGUUCUUGCAGGGUGUCGACCCGAAUCUCGCUGUUCGAUAUCUCGAGCAUGUCAUCGGAGAGUUAAACGAUAUGACACCGGAUCUACAUCAAAAGCUUCUCACUUUCUACUUGAACCGCUUGAAGAAAGGCGGACCCGACGACUGGGUAUUCCCUAAUUAUGAGGAACGUGCUGUAUGGCGAAACAAAUUCCUAGAGAUGCUCAGGUCAAGCUCUCAGUAUUCGCCAGCCAAAAUACUUGAUAGUCUUGAUCGAGAUGACCCUGAAUUUUUCGAAGCGAGAGCCAUCGUUUUUAGUAAGAUGGGCCAGCAUAGGCAGGCCCUAGAAAUCUACGUGUUCAAAUUGGAAGACUAUGGGAAAGCAGAAGAGUACUGCAACCAUUUCCACAAGACAGAAGAUAUAGCUGCUGAGGCCCCAUCUUCAUCGGCGCUUAACGAAGAUAAAUCGACUAUAUAUCUAACACUACUCUCGCUGUAUCUCACCCCGCCUCAUGGGUAUGAUCGCCGAUAUGGGCCUGCGUUGGAGAUAUUGGCAAAACAUGGAUCCCGUCUUCCACCAAGUUCAGCGCUAGAGCUGAUUCCCGAGUCACUGCCCGUUAAAGAACUUGACUUUUAUUUCAAGGGUCGAAUGCGGGCAGCUACCUCAGUAUUAAAUGAAAGUAGGAUCGUGGCCAGCUUGCAAAAAGCUCAGAAUUUCAAGACCGAAGCGCAGCUCAUGGUCGGCGAAGGGACCGACGGAAAGUCAUCCAGAAUGAGACAUGUCACCAUCACAGAGGAAAGGAUAUGUGGCAUCUGUCACAAGCGAAUUGGCGGCAGUGUGAUAAAUGUUUUUCCAGAACAUUGGCUAGUUAAACCUUUAGUCAUCCUCCUCAACAACCUCCUCUCCGUAGUUUUCCUCCUCUUUGCGUUCUUGUUCCGAGAUUUGACGUCCCUGGGCUUCGGCAAGCGUUUUAUCCUCUUCCAUUUUUUUGGUCAAGAAAAUGUUGAUAUCAUUCUGCAACGUCGAAUGUUGCGCUCUCCCGUCUCACCGGAGCGCUCUUCCACCCGAUCCCCCAACCCCCCUCGACCUUCCUUCGAUAGUGAAUUGGAACGUCCAGGCUCCUCUGGAAGUGAUGCUUCUUCAGUGACCUCCAAUGUGACAACCAUCUCUGCAGUCCAAAACCCAUUUUACCAACCCCCCAGUGGGACCUCGUCCCCCCGGCCGCCCCGGACCUCCUCAAUUAAUACCACCACCACUGGGAUUAGCCAGAACGGCCCUUCACCAACUCUUAGUCGGCCCCCCGCUUCCUACAUGCCACAGAAUGAAAUAUCAAGCAGAAAACCGACGAACCGGGGGCAUCCGCCCGAUAUGACGAAACAUCGGUCUCGGCAUCAUUCGCAGGGGUUCUUCGAACCCUCGCUUCCUACGGCGUCCGGAUCAGACUCCACCAUAUCGAGGAUUGCAGCCCAGACUGCGAUGCAGCAGCUGCAGCAGGGAAAUCCUUCACCACAGCCGCUCAAGCGACCUCAGACCAUUAUCUAUAGUCCGGAUGACGGAUCGAGAACUAGGGGAGGUAGCAUUUCCCCUCCCCCGCUAUUGCCACCCCCUUCCCUAACACCUCACGGGACAGGUGGAUCGUCAGGGCAAACAUAUCAGAAUGGCAAUUCUGGGGUGGCGACGACGGCAGCCAAUGUGGCGUUCCCACGACACGCUGGGCUGCAGCCUCCCGGGCUGGAAGCGCCGCCGGAAAAGGAACACAAACAUAAAGGGGAGAAGUCCAAGAUGAAGCUCUUUUCGAAACCCAAGCACAUUGGGAUCAGCCGGGAUAAGGACGGAAUAGGAAAAGAUAGGGGGCUCCCGUCUCCUAGCAAAAUGGGUUUCUCCGGUGCGGGCUUGUCACGAAUUGUCAGUACCUCGACUACAAGCUUAGCUGAUACCUUCCCCUCCACCAAUUCCUCCAUGUAUAAUCUAUCAAAUGCAUCUGCAAGCACGGUUGUUCCAGCUGAUAAGCCAACUACCAGUGAGAAAGAGAAGGAAAAAGAAAAGGCCCAUAAGCAUCAUUUCUUGUCGCGGCAAAAGUUGAAGUUGAAGGAUCGGGAUGAUCAUUACAACCUGCCAUUGUCUUCUGCUUCAAGUAAUUCCAAGCCAUCCGAUCCGAACGCUCCUCAAUCACUAUAUUCAUUUACACCUGCUUCUCCAGGAGCAGUGUCGACUACCUUUAGCAAAUCCGUGAGCGGGUUGGAUAUCCUCCAUGGCGGGCGAGCAUUACGAGAGAAAAAGAAAGAAGAGAAAGAAAAGGAGAAAGCGUUGGCGGCGGAGUCGGAGCAACAUGAGUGGUUGGCAAGCUCAACAAACGCUGGUAGUGCGUCAGUUGCAUUCCAAGGGCCGUCGUCAAUUGGCUCGACGGGAGCCCUCACGGAGGCUGCUCUUCGAGAGACCUUACAAGGCUUUGGUCUUAACAACAUGUCACCAGAGGAUGCGUGGGACUUUUUGAAAGCCAAGCUUUUGGUCAUUUUUGAUGGGGAAGAUGUCCGCAUUGCUAUUGAAGAUCUCAACAAGCUAGUACUCAUUCACAUCCAACGUUGUGUGCAGAAGCGCACACCGUCAGCCAUAGUCGAUGACCUGCGGGAGCUCUUAGAGACAGGGUUUGCGUCUUUGAACCAUACCCUAAAUGGAGUGCCUGAUGAGAAGCUAGUUCCUCAUCUGGUACAGAUAUGGAUGCUUGUCUUCGGCACGAUUCUUCCGGGUUGUGGGACCGUGAUGAACCUUCGCGAAGCCCGCGAGUUCUGGGCAACCACCUUAAAUGGGGAUUAUCCUGGGUGCGAGCUUGAAGUUCGCAAUCUUGUGUUGAUAGCAUUCCGCGAUAGGGUCAUUCUACAUCGUUACGACGGCCUCAAGGCAACGUUCUCCCGUUUGAGCCUCGACAACAUUAACUUGGGCAAUUCUGCGCUCAGUGUAACGACAAAGAGCAGUAGCAACAGUGGCCGGCCUACAACCGCCGCCUCGCUGGAUGCCGGUUUCGGCAGCUACAGUUCUCAAUCUUCCACUCUCCUCAAUACUGCAGGUAGUUACUCUUCAGACUCUAUAAGUUGCAAUCGCAGCCGUGCUGCUUCCAACACUUCGUCAAACCCAGAUCAACUUAUUUUCCAGUCAUUCUCGUCCCCAACACAGCGGCCGACGAUCAUCCAUCGGGCGUCUAAUGCGGCAGACUCGUCUCAUGUCAUUACGGAGACUGUUGGUCGGAUGCUUCAAUGUGUUAGUGUUUUGGCCAGUGUUCAGACGGGUGGCAGGCCACAGGAGAAGAUCGAGCUUCUGGGCAAAGCGCUCAAACACAACUGGCUCGGCCGUGGUCGUACCGGACGCGAUCGACGAGGGUUUGUUGGAGCUAAGAUUCGGCCCGCGAUGGUUACACGGACAGACAGUGAUGAUUCUAUGAAAGAUAAAAACGGUGAUUCAGAUAUCAUGCGAGAUGGGCGUCGGGAAAUGAGUGUUCUAUAA